GAUCAUUCCAAAAAUACAUGGCGGCCUCUGUGGAGACGACCCGCUCCUUAUGUAAAUAUAAAGUUUUUAAAUAUAAAGGGUCCAUUCCAUGGUAAAGAAAACAAUAAUUUGUGCAAUUUAAACGAAACACACUGGUGAAAACAUCACUGGGAUUAUUUUAAAUUCAAUUCCUGCUAAUAGAUUUCACCUAAAUCUCACACACUGAACCUUUAACUGCAUCUGGGUCAAUAUUCUCCUCCCUGCGUCUUUAUUCCCAGUGGCCCCAGAGAUGGAGCGUGAUCGGGGGGCCUCUAAAGUUUCACAUUUAACUCAAACGCUUGAUGAACUGUUGCUUGAAUUUGUAGCUACUGUAACCGUGAGCCAAAAAAAAACAAACAAACAUGUGAAGGAAGUUUGCUGCUGUGGAUUUGCUGCCUUAUUUUUAUUCUCCCGCAGCUGAGGAAUCGUGCAAAGUCCAUGUGCUUAACGAAAAUAAACUGAAAUGAUCUCCUGCAGUUUUCCUGUCGUCCUGGUCCCGAUCUGCAUUUGACAGCUAAAAUAAACACGUGUGUGUGUCCGUGUGUGUGAACCUGGGAUCUAUAUACAGUAAGAUGACGUUUCCCUCGCGGUCACAUGACUCUGUACAGUAAGUCCAACAUGGCAGACCGAGUGGAUCUUACGCGGUAACUACAGCAACAUUUCCACCGAGGCGCACGAAGCCGACAGGUCGAGCCAGGAUGAGGGAGCGACCGAAGAGGAAGAAGGGCCGGACGUGGGCGGAAGCCGCUAAAACGGUGUUGGAGAAAUACCCGAACACGCCCAUGAGCCAUAAAGAGAUCCUGCAGGUGAUCCAGAGAGAAAGACUUAAAGAAAUAAGUGGAACUUCACCGCUGGCAUGUCUGAAUGCGAUGCUGCACACAAACUCUCGUGGCGAGGAGGGGAUUUUCUACAAAGUUCCAGGCAGAAUGGGAGUCUACACGUUAAAGAAGGACAUCUCAGACGUGGCGAAGGAGCUGUCUGAGGAGAGCUCCGACGAGAGCAGCGACAACCUUUCAGACUCCAGAAGCUCAGAAAACAACAGCAUCUCCCAGGAGGGCAGGAGAGGACGCUGGAUGCGCAGAGUUCCCUCCAAGCUGCAGUCACAGCCGUCGUCUCCUCAGCCUCGAUGCUCGUCGCCCUCCGUCCCCUCCAGUAAGCUCAUCUCGCCCUCGCAGAAACACAGCAAGAAAGCUCUGAAACAGGCCUUGAAGCAGCAGCAGCAGAGAAACCAGCGCAGACAGGUGGGCAUGCCAACCACCUCCAGUCCCAGACUGCUCCUGAAAACCAUCAAAGACAUGACUGACAACAUAACUACAAAGGCUGCAGACUUAGGUCAUCCGGUCGUACCCAGGAAGGUUCCACAGAGGGCAGGACGCAUCAGUGCAGGACAGAUCAAACGUACCAAGUGUACCAUCGACGUGGAGACUCCAGACUCGAUCCUGGUGAACACCAACCUGCGGGCGAUCAUCAACAAGCACACCUUCUCUGUCCUGUCCUCCGACUGCCAGCAGAGGCUGCUCAAACUUCUGCCUGAAGUUGACCGGCAGGCUUGUAUGGACGGACUUCUCAAGGUCACGAGUUCUGCACUAAACAACGAGUUCUUCACAUCAGCGGCUCAGUCUUGGAAAGAGAGACUGUCUGAGGGCGAAUUCACGCCGGAGUUGCAGCUACGAAUGCGUCAAGAAGUCGAGAAGGAAAAGAAAGUCGAGCUCUGGAAGGAGGCUUUCUUUGAAAACUAUUACGGUGAAAGUUCUGGGCUCAGCUAUGAAGAAUCCAAAGAGCUGACGAAGGCUGAUCAGAAUCAGGCGACUGCCAGGACCCAGGCCCCCCCCCAUCAGACAAGACUGGCCACUCAGGCAUCAGAGGAAGCCAAGGGCAGAAAGGAGAGCAGCCAGACCGAUGCUGCUGCUAGAGACGUGAAGACAACACGGGCAUCGUCGCUGGAGCCUCCGAAAGCAACGCCUGCUGCGAAGGAACCAGUGGCCGCCAUAGAGCCCAUGAAGACACGGCGCUCCCAGUAUGCGGAGGAGCGGAGGUUGAGCGCAACGGCACAGACGGAGCCCACACCUGCAGUGAGAACACCUGCAGCAGAGAGUCGGACUGAGAAGAGAGCGGUGGCUGCGCUGCCUGAGAAGGAGCCUAAAGAGGAAGUGAAGGAGGAGAAACCCAAUCUGCCCCCGUCACCUGUGAAGAAGAGCCCUCCCCCCCCAAAGGGCAGUUCAGAGAUAAAGAAGGAUCCACCGGUGGAUCAACCGGUGGCUGUGGUUAAACCUGCUGAGAGCGAAGAGGUUCUCCCGGAGCCCGGUGGCCCCGCGGAGCCUCUGAAAAGAAAAUCUGUCAGUGAGACGGAGGCUGAGCUGACACCAGAGAAAAGACCACGGAUGUCCUCAGUUUCCUCCGUGUCUUCGGUCUCCUCCGCCUCCCCGCCAGCUUCGUCCAUAUCCAGCCCUGCGACACCGACGGCAUCGACCAAUCCGAGGGUUCCACCACUCAAGAUCUCAGUGUCAAGAAUCCUUUCCGUUCCUGUGUCCCCCAGCCAGGUCUCACCCAGGACCCCAGUUCCCGCCCCGCUCAGCAGCCCGGGCCGCACUGGUGCUCGCACUCUGGCUGACAUCAAAGCCAAAGCUCAGCUGGCCCGUGCACAGCGAACAGCGGCUGCCGCGGUGUCGUCCGCGUCCAAGGGAGCGGUGCCAGGCCCGGGGCCAGGAGGAGGCAGUGGUGAGCAGACGCAUCCUUCACCCAGGUCCUGCCCAACAUCCCCACAGACACCAACCAGGUUACAAUCCACCUCCUCCCCCGGCCAUCAGAGCAGUCCUCCUCUUUCUCGACCAGUGGACUCCUUUACUCACAUUAGCCCAAACGCGUCUCACACAUCUCAUUCAAACAAACCUCAAAAUACUUCAACACCAUCUUUAUCUGUGCAACCUAAGGGAUCGGAGAACCCAGCUCCUGGUGGAUCCUCAACCAGGACCAGCUCCUGUAUCCCGGCCAACAACCCACUGGUCACUCAGCUCCUGCAGGGCAAAGAGGUUCCGCUGGAGCAAAUCCUCCCGAAGCCACUGUCCAAGGUGGAGGUGGAGAUGGCCAACUUACCCUCUGGGAGUAAGGGGAAGACGUCCCACUCUGCUGAGCACAGGGCUGAUGUGCACAUGUCCCACCAGUUCAACACAGCAGCACGAGCUGGAGUGUUCUCUGAAUACUCAAGACAUCACAGGGAGCUUCCUGACAAGGAGACUCAGGACCAGAUCCUCCAGGCGCUGAUGCAGAGGAAGGUCCAGCAGCCCCAGCCCUAUGGAGUGUUGGGGCCUCAGUUCAAGGCCCAUCCACUGGUGCAUGCAGAGGAUCAUCAGGCCAGGAUUUGCGUUGGCUUUUUGGGUCGUAAGAGGAUUCCCAGGCCCGCCAUGACAGGUCACUACCUGCUCAACGUGUCCACGUACGGCCGAGGACCAGAGAGUAAAAGACUGCAUCAGUCUGCCAUCGCCAACACGUCUGUGUUCGGUUUAAAAAGGGAAAACCUCGAAGUAGAGCCGGUGGCGAAGGAAGAAGAACCAGUCAGGAGAGUUUUCUCUCCUGUUUCCGGGAUUAAAACGGAGCCGCAGGGAGUCACGUCAACCAAGUCAGAAGAGGCAGCACGUUUUCCACACGGCUCCGACGUGAAAACUGAGCCUGGAUCAGAGGAGGGUGCAGCUGCUGCCGACCACAGCAGCACCAGUGAGACAGCCAAAGACACCAGCCCCUUUCCUCAGUCCCACCGACGGCCCCUCCAACUCUGCAAUCAAGGAAACUCUGAGCCAUAUCUCACCCAAUUGGACGCCGGUCACCAGCAGCCGGCGGCCUUCCAAACCCAGAGGACGCUCGAUCAUCAGGAACCUGCGGUGGCUUCGUGCUUCGGUGGCACAAUCAGCAUGUCCGUACCUCACACUCUGAACCGUGACCCCGCCGGCACCUGCUCCUCCGCGUCCCCGUCCGAGGCCGACGGGAGAGGCGUCCACGGCAGCGUCAUGUCCUUCUCAGUGACCGUCACCACCAUACCCGCCGGUCACCCGCUAGACCACAGCAGCCAGGGCGAGCCCUCGCCUGAGCAGUCCUUCAUCGAGGGCUCCAACCUGGAGGAGGUGCAGUCUAAAUGUUACUGCCGCCUGAAGGCCAUGAUCAUGUGCAAAGGCUGCGGCGCCUUCUGCCAUGACGACUGCAUCGGCCCCUCCAACCUGUGCGUCUCGUGUUUAGUGGUUCGAUGACGUGAAGCUGAACCAGAAGCGCUCCAGAGAAAACAGCCAGCACGUGUGUGUGUGUGUAUGUGUGCGUGUGGUCGCUGUUGGAAAGCUGAGGAUUUACACUGGAUGGUCUUUUGUUUCACCAACGUCUGAGAGAAGUUGAUUUGUGCAAUCGUUUGGGUAGAAAUGUCGAAUCAGUUUCCAAUCAGAUGAGUAAAGUGUCAGAUGUGUGACAAAGAUACAAUCUGGCAAUGUUUGCACUUGGCUAGGAUUAGUGUUAUAUAUAUUUUUUAAUAUAUAUAUAUAUAUAUAUAUAUGUGUGUGUGUAUUUUUUUAAAAAGGAGGGGAAAUGAAUGUUGAUAUUUUUGUAGAACUUAAUGACUGUUGUGUGUUAGACUUACACUUUUGUUAUUAUUACUAUUGGGCCUAAUCAGUCGCGAUUAAAAGGCAAAAAAAAGGGCGCUUAUGAUAAUCAUGGGAUGUAGAGAACCUCCUAUUUGGCAUUUCUGCAUGCAUGGCAGGGAAGUGCAACCUACAGUAACUAUUUUUAUUAUAAAAACUCUACAUUUAUUACUGAACACACUCAGAUUCACGAACUAGAAAGAACGUGUAUAGUUUUAGAUGGAGAUUAUUAAUAAUAUGGAUUUUUUUGGAACGUCGACUUUAUAAGAAUCAACGAUCACGUUGUUUUUAACUGCUGAAGGGCGAAGCACUUGAAAACCACCUGGAGACGAGAGGAUGACUGUGUACAGCACUUAAAUCCAAACACACGGAAGAAGAAGAAUCAUUUAUAUAAAUAUAUAUAUAUAUGUUUAAAAAAAAAAAACGUUUUUACAAAUCAAGUCUUUUCCAGUUAUGGUUGAGAUGCAACGUCACAUCGUAUGAACCUGCUUUUAUUUUUACCCCAAAAUCGUCUGUAGAUAUCGUCUGGAUAGGGGUUUCCUCGUGCUUGUGUGUCUGUACACAUGGAUCAGCAGUGGCAAAGUAAAACACUCAACAGCGGGGGGGUUAUUCACUGUACAUAUUUGCUGAUGUAUAAUAUAUAUACACCUAGAUGUAGAAAGAUUUUAUUUUAUCGGUGCAGUACACUUCGCUCGAGCAUAUCCAGCUUGUUUAUUGCAAAAAAUGAUUUUCACUGUGGAAAACGUAGACGGAGAAAAAUAAGUAAAUUGUGCUAAAAUGCUUUAUUCUGAAAUGAGUCAGCACAGCACGUUUUUAGAGGAACAAUUUGGACGUGACACCGACUAACAGGAAGGUGCGACUUUUCAAACAAACCUUUUCCUGCAAACUGAGGGAGCCGCCCUCUGUGUUAAUGUGGUUUUAUGAAGUGUUACAAGCACACAAUGAUGCUGUGUCACGCACAAUGUGUGUGUGUGUUUGUGGUGUACAGCAGUGAACCAGCACGUGCUUUAUGAUCCUGUCAACACUACAAACCCAUUAAUGUGCAGAAAGGCCAGUGUGAAAUGUUCCUGCCGCAGGUUUUUCCCGGGUGCUCGUUCUCACUGAAAUUUAAAAUGCAUCAUUCAUAUUUCAGUGGUGCAAAGUAAUCUUUUUUUAUAGCAAUCAUUUCCAAGGUAAUAUGCCAAAGUCACCUUAAGAAAACAAAAAAAGAAUCCGAUCUUGUUUUUAAUGUCUGACUUGUUAAUCAAAGUAAUAUAUUUUAAUUAAUAUAUUUUAAUAUAAAUAAAAAAAUCUAUUUGCUAAUUGUUUUUGACAAAUCAACAGGGUAUUUACUAUAAUAAUAAUAUUAAUAAUAAUAUAUUGGCUGUACGCUUUUUCCUUUAAUCUAGUGGUAAGCGGAUAGACCCCCGAACAGAGACUCGCUCUAACCCAAGUUUAUAAACACAUCCAUUCAUUGUGUGUAUUUUUCCAUAGAGAUGUCGUCCAAUGUGUUGUAGCCCUCUACCUUUGUGUCAUCACCCAAUGAAAACAAAAUGUGUGUAACUCAAAGCACUAUCUUCAGUUGAGUGGAUUAAUCCCAAAUCAAUAUUUGAUGGUCUCUGGUAUAAAGGAGUUGGAGUUGUGUUGUUGGUAGAGAGCUGGUUUCCAGAUGGUAGAGCUAGAAUCUGGAGAAGUUUCCACAGAUAUAGUUUUAGUCACGUCACUAAAAAAACUGAUUCUGCUAAAACGAAGCUAAUUCACUAUCCCCCCCCUCUUUGAAUAGUUAGGUCUUCUCUUGUUGGAACGUGAUGGUAGAAAAGUGUGUGUGUGUGUGCUCACGUGGAGGUGUGUGGGGGGGGGGGGACGACUGUGACAAUAAAGUUAAUGAAGAUAUUCAAUCGCAGCAGAAACGGCAGCUCACAUCUCUGAUAAUGACUGAAACAUGAAACAUGACCCAGGAGCAGUCCUCCUCCUCUUCCACCUCCUCCUCCUCCUCAAGGUCACUGUCAAACUCACCUGUGUGUGUGUGUGUGUGUGUGUCGUAGAAGCUACCAUCACCGUUUAUUUUUAAAAAUGUCACGUUCGUCACUACAGGUGAAUUUGUAAUUUUUUUUAAACGUGUCUCGUGUCAUUUUGUCUCCAUUUUAAACUCUGGUUGAAUGUAAUAUAGUAAUCAGCACUUGUAAACAAAGUGUAUUUUAUCAAAAGUUAUAGACAAUUAUGAAUAAAUAAUGAAGAGAAAAGCA